GAUAUCUGCAUGCGGGUCACACUGAACACCGGUAUUUGACCUGCAGACCUAUAUAACAGUCGUUAGCUCUAUAACUUAUCCAUGACAACCCAAAAAAAAAAACGUAUAAUAGACAUUGACCGAAUUAAUUGAUUAAUCAUGAUUAAAGCUGCUCCAGAAAAGCCACCACGAACGAGGCAAUAUGUGGAAGAAGCUUUUCAACAAAUUCAAAAGAAGAAAAACAUUCGUGAUAUUGUUAUUGUAAACGAAUUGGGACAUCCAGUAAAAAGCACUAUGGAGUUUAAGUCGUCUGUCAAAUUUGUAGGCCUCUUUCAAGAGCUUCGAGGCAGAAUCGAGCGAGGAAUGGAACACAUUGAUCCAAGUGAUGAACUGUUGAUGCUACGGGUACGCAAAACCCACGAAGUUUUGUUAGUGCCAGACGCUAAAAUAACUGUAAUUGUUGUGCAGAAUGCAGAUAAAUAA